GGAGCCUUGUCAGGUAGUGGCAAGAUAAAGGCAGUGGCAGUGUUUAAAAAAAACGCUAAGCUCAUCCAUACAGCUCUGUUGUCUGUAUUUAAUGCUUUUAAUGGUGCAGUUCAAUUAAUAAUAUUGCAUUAAAACUGUUCGAUACGAUUGUGAGGACACUGUCUAGGUAAGAUAUAAUAAAGAACAGUCAUCAGUUAAUUACACACAUUAAUUUGACUAAUUAUUUUUGCUUAUUUUUACAUUCUGAUUAAAAAAUUUUACAACACAAACUCUAAUAGUCUUUAUAAUACAGAAACGAUCAUUCACCUUUAACCUUUCUUCUACAUUUCAACAUACAAACAUGCACAUGUGAAUUACAAGAUCAGCUGUAACAUAAACCCAGAGCUAAUCACUGCUGUUACCAAAAUGCUUCCACAUAUGGCACUUCUUCAACAUACGGUAUUUAUAAUACACGGAAUACUGAACCUUACAUAUGGUUUUUAACGAUAGGAACACUGUGUACAUGUGUGAUUUGGUUGGGGGUAGUGCAUAGAAUAUCGUUUUUGAUUUAUGAUCUUAAAUACAGAGGCAGGCCGCAAAUGUAACAUGCAAUUGAAGAGCAAUUACAAAUAUUAUAUUCCCUGCACUUUUGCCGUUUUGCCCUGCUGUUGCCGUUUCAGUCCAGCACAAUGGCCUUCAGAACAUGUGUAUUUAGCUUCAGUCAACAUGGGCUGAAAAGCAGCCAGAGAUCCAGGCAUGAUAAGCGCACGUCUAGUUAUCUUGUUUAUGCAAACGGUAACCAGGCUGUCCAGAAGAGAGCAGUGGAUGGACUGCAGACUAAUGGAGUCCUUUCCGUACUGUCUUAAAAUGCUCUCUUUAAUGGAUUCCUAAUGUUUGGCCAUCUCUCUUAAAUCCCUGACGUUUGAGCUUCAAGGAAAUCGCCAUUUGUGACCCUUGCUAAAGAUUUUUGGUUUCAUGCACUGUAUGGAUUGAAUAAAAGGACGCAUUUUCCAAACUGCAAAAGCGUGCAGUAAUAGCAUCUUGCUCGGUGAGUCAUCUGUGAUGAGUCCUUUCAGUCUAGAUAAAUUCUCUGUGCUUUGCACAAGCUAUUGAAUUUGCAGAGGCGACCACAUUAGCGCUGUCAUUGCUGGUGAGAUGCAUUGUAAAAUUAAUGAAAAGAAAAAGAGCACACAGACUUGCAGGGACAUCGUACAUCUAUUUUUAAGGGGACACCAAUGGCAGUCCUCACUUAGUCGAUGCACUAGGCAAGAUAAAACUUUAAAAAAGCAUAUUUUAUCAACUAAUUGUUUUUUUUGUAUGUAAAAUGUAUCUUAUCCCUAUAUAUAUAUAUAUAUGUGCCAAAUAAAGGCCAGCUUGUGUUUGUCUUUUUUUGAGCUACUUAUAGAGAGACAAUGAUUGUGGUAUCACGGUAUCAUCAUCGCUGUCAUGAUUACACGCAGAUACUGAAGAGCUUUUGAAAAUGACUAGCAGUCUUGUCACCUUUGACCCCUAUUCUGUACUCACACACUCCUUUGUUGUCUUCAGCAUCUCUCUUUGAUCAAGUGAAGCUGAAAAAGACAAAGACAAAUAGACACUACACUGAUGAGUUUUACAGACCCAUGGCCAUGCGAUUCAAUCACACUUGAUAGCACUUUCAUCUCAAAAGAAUGAAUAAUCAGAAGGGAGAUAUUGUUAAUAUUAGAUUUACGUAAAUGGGAACUUUUGCUUACUUUCUGCUUCAGACUCUUGCUUGCCCAUAUUUUCUCCUCAGAAUCAAACAUAGUAUCUAGUUUCUCCAAUGAGUCUCAGAGGAGAUCUCAACAAUGUCUUAAACGAUGGUCACAUUUGCUCUAAAGUCUGCAAAGUCAUAGAUGUGUGAACAAAUGAUUAUCAACAAAUGAAAAAGAAUAAAAAAUAAAAAUGAUCAGAGCUGCUAUUCAUUACUUAGUUCUAUAAUUUUAUUACUAUUAACUAAGAAAUCUCUUAGGAAAGGAAUAGUUUGAAAAAUAAAAUAUUAUUUUGUCUUCUAAGAGAGGAUAAAAUAAAAAAAAAAAAAAAUAAAAGUCUGGUUUUCUGUCCAUGCAGUGAAAGUCACUGGUUUACAGCAUUGUUUUGGACCCAGCUUUCAUUGUAAGGACAAAAACUGUCAUAUAUUUUGUGUUCCAUGGAGGAGAAAAAAAAAAGUCAUACAUUUUUUGGAGAGUUUAGUCUCCUGAGCUAUUUAUAGAGCAAUCUUUUGAUGUAAUAAUAGAAUUAUGCUUUCAUAUUUUCUCAAUUCUGAUUGAGGAAAACAAGGUGUGAAAUAAGGGUGGGACACAGAUGUCCUCCUAUUGAAAAAUAUGUGACUCAAUGAUUGUCUGCUGUUUUGAUUUGCUCUCUUCAGUUAAUAAUUACACUGCAGUCCUUGACCGGGAGGUGAGGAAAAUGUUUUUUUCCCCCCACUUUUCUUUUUUUUUUUGCCAACGCUGUCCAGCCAAUAUAUACCCAAAGCUUUCUUCAUGCAGUUCAAACAGACUUUGAUCAGAGACACUGAUUAAAUUAAGAUGACAGAUGCCUACAUUAAGACCAAAUAAUCACAUUUCUCCUCCUCUAGGAUUAGAUCUUUGUGAUAAAGUUUUCUCUUAUGUAUAAAUGAACAAAAUGGCUAUUUAUUAAAUGGAUUAGUGUUGUUCAAAAGAGAACUGUUAGGACAUAUGAAUUUCUUACCUUUGAACCUGUCCGUGAGAAACAUGUCUUGGCUUCUUAUCAUGUUCAGAUUUAAAGCAGGAGUAUGCUAUCUUGCCCUGUCAUUUAUGUGUGUUUGAACUUUGAUUUAAUUUCAGUGAGCACCCCUAAUUUUGCUGAUUUAUAGCUGAUAAUCACUCACAAUGGAAACCAAUCAAAAAUGUGGGGAUGGACUGACUGGCAUGCAGAAAGAGACUGCGCUGCGUGCUCUGAUCCAGCGCACAGGAUAUCACAUACACCAGGAAAAUGGCCAGAGGAGAUAUGGUGGUCCACCUCCUAGCUGGGAAGGCCCACCUCCAGAGAGAGGCAGUGAGAUUUUUGUGGGAAAGCUUCCUCGGGACCUCUUUGAGGAUGAACUGGUGCCGCUCUGUGAAAAAUUUGGCAAAAUUUAUGAAGUACGGAUGAUGAUGGACUUCAAUGGCAACAAUCGAGGCUAUGCAUUUGUUACCUUCUCCACAAAACAAGAGGCUAAGAAUGCCAUGAAACAGCUCAACAACUAUGAAAUCCGGAAUGGAAGACUUCUUGGUGUGUGUGCAAGUGUAGACAACUGUCGUCUUUUUGUGGGCGGCAUUCCAAAGACCAAAAAGAGAGAAGAGAUCCUGGCAGAGAUGAAGAAGGUGACGGAUGGUGUAAUGGAUGUCAUUGUUUAUCCAAGCGCUGCUGACAAGACCAAGAACCGAGGUUUUGCAUUUGUCGAGUAUGAGAGCCAUAGAGCUGCUGCCAUGGCCAGGAGGAAACUGCUACCAGGGAGGAUUCAGCUGUGGGGUCAUCCAAUUGCAGUCGACUGGGCUGAACCUGAAGUAGAGGUAGAUGAGGACACCAUGGCCACAGUGAAGAUCCUCUAUGUUCGUAAUCUGAUGUUGCCCACCACAGAGGAGACCAUAGAGAAAGAGUUUAACAGCAUCAAACCUGGUGCUGUUGAAAGGGUGAAGAAGAUCCGAGAUUACGCUUUUGUUCAUUUCUCUCAAAGAGAGGAUGCCAUUAAUGCCAUGAACACACUGAAUGGAAAGGUCAUUGAUGGUUCUCCCAUUGAGGUAACACUAGCCAAGCCUGUGGAUAAGGACAGUUAUGUUCGGUACACCCGAGGCACAGGGGGUCGUGGUGGGACUCUGCUCCAAGGAGACUAUGCUUACACUGUAGGCCAGAUGUACGACCCCUCAGCAGCCUACCUAGGAGCACCAAUAUUCUACGCCCCUCAUGCAUAUACAGCCAUCCCUAAUCAGUUCCGCUUCCCCAGUACCAAAGGGCACAUAAGUACCAGGGGGCUGGUGCGCUCCCCCUCUGUGAGAGAAAUUUACAUGAAUGUACCUGUAGGGGCAGCGGGCGUACGUGGUUUGGGCGGGCGAGGAUACCUCGCCUAUGCAGGCAUGGGUCGUGGCUGUGCCACGUACCAACUCAAGACAGACAAACGCCCCGACGACAAACUCUAUGACCUUCUUCCUGGCAUGGAGCUCACGCCCAUGAACCCAGUCACUCUGAAGCCUCAAGGCAUCAAACACGCCCCACAGAUCUUGGAGGAUAUUUGCCAAAAGAAUAACUGGGGACAACCGGUUUACCAGCUUCACUCUGCUAUUGGACCAGAUCAGAGGCAACUGUUCCUUUACAAAGUCACCAUCCCUGCUCUGGCUACUCAAUAUCCAAAUAUACAUCCGUUUACCCCCGCCAAGCUCUGCGCAUCAAUGGAUGAGGCGAAGCUGCAUGCGUCCGAACACACGCUGCAGAUCCUUGGUGUUCAGACAGAGGGCGCUGACGCUUCCGCUGCUGCGGCCGUCGCUGCUGCAUUCCCAGGUUAUGCAAUUGCCAGCACCACUGCUAACCAGCUGAAACAGGCUGUUUCUCUGGGUCAGGACCUGACUGCCUAUGCAACCUACGAGGGUUACCCUGCCUUUGCUGUGGCAACCCGUGGAGAUGCAUAUGGAGUGUUUUAAAACCUUUAACUAACAGUCUCUGUAAAGUCAAUGUUAAUCUGUUCAUUGUAUUCUGUCGUGUCUAUAGGUUAGUAGUGAUUGUUUGUUUAGAGUUAUGAUAACUUUAUUUCUUCCCAAGUGUUUUCAGCAUUUUUACGAUAUUGAAGAAUGUGAGUCAUCUUUUGACUUAACUCAGGAAGAGGGCCGUCUGAAGGCUGCCAACAACUCAAACCCAAACAAAAAUGUCACAUUUCAUGUUUUAUGAUUUAUUGCUGUUUGUCAAGGCUUGAAUUCCCUUGAUUUAAACAUUACUUGUGUCAUAAAUUGUGGUCAUCCAGAAUGGUGAUCUCAUUAGAUUCAAUUUUUUUUUUUUUUUUUUUUUUAUUAUCUAAAUGAGACAAAUUUAGGCUGGACCCUUGUUCAAUGCUGCCUGCUGCCUUUGAACGAUUGCCUUUAACAAUGAAUCACUACAAUUGAAUGUCAUUUCGAAACACUUAGUAAUAUUCCAUUGUGCUAAGUGAUACAGAUGUUUAUCCAGACAUUUACUUUAGUAAGCUUUGGUAUUGUAUUUAAAGUGGUUUGUUUUUGUGUUGGUUUUCUUUCAGUAUUUACAUUAACACCUAAGUACAGAGAGUUUUAACAGAUGAAACCCAUUCAUACGCUUUUGUAUGUAUCUGCAGGUUUUAGGAUCAUUCUAGAUAUGGUUGACACUUUGUAUCUGGUUCGUUUAUUAGUAGUUUUGCUACAUUUUAUAAGAUAUUUACAGGCUUGCUACUAAUAUUUUCCCACUUCAUACGUGGGGAAUGUAAGAGCAUUGUUAAAUAUAAAGAUGCCUUAAAGGUGACAGUAUUAAAGUUUGUGUAGCACUUAGAACUUAUUUUUAUACCUGACUUCCAACUCUGCUUGGAUGAACUUUGUUAUUCGAUCAUAGAGUGUUUGAAAUUAUUUAUUGUCUAAGUGAUCGGCAUCAGAUCUGGAGGGACAAUUGGACGGGCAUCAUCAGGACAAAAAAAUAAAUAAAAAAUAAGCUGAGAUCUACAUAGUGCUACAAAGUAGGCGAGUUGUGAAAAUAUAAUUCUAAUAAAUCAACUAACCUUCAAUAAAUCAAAUUCAAUUCUU